AUGUACUUCAGGUUCGUCUUUGGAGAGCUCCUGCACGAGGACGGAACUCUGGACCCUGAGGAAUGGGCCCUUUUCAGGCAGCUAUAUGACCGGAGCACGCAGCAGCUGGAGGUGCCCAAGAUCUGCAUAUGGGUGGACACUCCAGCUGAGGUCUGCUUCGAACGCGCACGCAAGAGGGGGAGAGAGGCGGAGACGCCGCUCACUCUGGCCUAUUUGAAGAAGUUGGAGGCGAAGUAUCACGACUUCCUCUCCAGCGAGGAAGCUCACUUCGACGAGGUGUACCGCAUAGAUGGUCGUCAGAGUGCACGGGAGGUGCUGCGAGCAGCUGCAGCUGUAGUAGCCUCGAAGAUGAGCUAG